GGCCUGGCAAACCGCUGUCCGUAUAAAGUCAUCGCUAGUCGGGGUGCUUCCUUCCAUCACCCUAGUCUCCUCUUUCCAGUUCGAAACAUGUACAUCGCCGGUAUCAACGUGCCCUUCGACCCGUCCACCGACAUGGAUCUCCCUGCCUACCUCACCACGACAUACAUCCUCGUGCACACCUUCAGGGGCAUGGCAGCGAUGGCAAAGGUGGCAGGUUCCGAAGGCGGCAAGAUUCGUCCCGACAGGAUGCCCGCGACUUCCUUGGGCAAAAUCGUCUCUCCCAUUCACGGCCUAUCGUAUUUCAUCCCUCAACUUGCAAUUCUCGUCGGUGUCCCGCUUGGCGGGUUCAGGCAACCACAGUGGAUGCAAGGGUGGGCGUUACCUGACUGGGGGCUUGGAGAGAAGGAGAGGAUUGGUCUGCGAGUGGCCGCUUGUGUUUUGUCGGUUGUUAUGGCACAUGGGCUUGUUACCAAAGUCACUAAGGCGUUGGGGUCACAGUGGCAUGCAAUUGGCCGUCGCGAGAGUGUCAAGGUUAUUAAGCACGGCGCGUACUCUGUUGUGAGACACCCUAUGUACUCGUCCGUCAUGAUACAGCAGGUUCUAUACGGCGUGAUGUUCUGGUCCUGGGUCCCAGUUAUCACGCUUCCCAUCACUGCCGCUGCUUUCGCGAUCAAGAUGCCCAUCGAGGAGGAGCUCAUCCAGCAAGAUGCGUCCAUCGCCGACGAGUACAGGCGAUACAAGAAGGAAGUUCCGUAUCGUGUGUUCCCUUUUCUUUGGUAGACCGAAGACGGUGCAAGAAUUUUAGACUUGCCUAUGCUGUAUGCAAUAUCUUCUACUUCUUUUACCAAAGAUAUGUUAUCUUCUGAGCGAUUUGCUUCCCCACAUCAAUUCACAUUGAAGUGUCACUUGUUUCCCAAAAUUCAAGCCUGCCGUAUACGUACUAGCCUUAUACAAGACUAUCUUUGCUUGUCGGACGUUGUUAUUGUCAUGUACACAAGAAUACUUCUGUGGGUAUCGUAAAAUACUCAACCUCAGUUCACAAGCGUGAGUGACUGUACUUGAAGUUCUAUAAAAGACCAUGU